CAGACGAUUUUUUUUGUUCGCUGACAUCACAAUUGACAAAGUAGGAGUGAGCGAGAGUGAUCCCGUGCUUGAGAAUUUUUUUUCAAUACUCUGCGCCCCAAUGAUCUAGUCAGUUCUUGACUAUGAUGGGAGCGCAGAAAGGGUUCCUCUUGGUGUUCAUGGUUGUGGCCCUCUUCAUUGGCAAUCGGGGAAUGGCCCACCCAGAAGCCAUCCUCUUGGGAGAAAACAGCAAGAGGCCCCCUUACAAACAUGAUUUGCCGUUCGUUCCGGAGGCCUUCCGAUGGGAUCGGCCUUCCAUCAUUGAGUUCACCCACAAUCUGGCCGAAACCGACUCGAUGAAUGACAGGGUCCUGGAUCUUUUGAACCGAGAGGUGGCCAAUUCCACAGAGACUUUUGAGGACCUAACGUACAAUUAUGCGGGCAAAGAGAAGUCUGGUGACAACACCACGUUCUUCAUGAAGGUCAACGCUCAAAACUGCCGCGAUGGACGGAACAAUUGUCGAGUGCGCACUUGCAACCUCGAAUUGGAGGGCUCUCAACUCGGUGAAUUGGCAAUGAGAAAACACUCCUGCGGUUCGGCGGUAGUUUGUUACACCUGUGGAGAGAAACCGGACCAACCUUGCCCCAUAGUCGACCUUUUAGAGAAUACAUGGACGAACGAGCGCCUCAACCUAAAAACUUGCCAAAAAAGUGGAACUGUCAAUGUUCGACAAGUUCGCUGUCUAUCGGAAUAUUCGGAGGUGGCCGGUCUCCGAACCUAUUCAAGAUUGGGGUGUGGUACCACAGAGGAAGCCGAUGGACAGACUUGUCAGUCAGAUCAAAAUGAAUACGAAUCGUCUUGUACUUGUGCCGGAGCAUUGUGCAAUCAUCCCUAUAAAAAUCUAGGUCGACGACGGGCGGAUGAUGUUCAGAAGUCCAUUAGACAGUUGAAGGCUCAUUUUGAUAAGGUCACGUCAAGCCUACAGAGACCUUGCUCUUAGAAUGAGAAAGCUAGCAGUCAUUUUUUUCAUUGUUUCGAACACAUAUAUUUCAUACACUCCUUGCGUUGUCUCCCAUCUGUGAUUGGCCUGAAGUUUUCUCAUGAUGACUGUGACAAACUUUUCUGUUUUCGGAGAAAAAUCAGGAAUAGUGUUGGUUCCGUUUAAAUAUUGAGACAAGGGAACCAAUGAGUCAGAUGACAAAUCUAGAGUACAAUCACACAUGGCACCUCAGCAUUUGAUUUUUGUUAUCCAAACAUGUACGCACUACUGUACAUUGUAGAGUAGAGUAAAUAGCGCAAACACACUUAUCGAACACGACAUUCUAUUUCUUCAAUAUGAAAAUACAUUAUCCAAUCAAAAUCAG